CGUACAGGCAAGUAAAUGAAGGAAAAUAUUGAUAUAAUAGGUCAAAGAGAAUAUUUAAUUUAUGUAAUUUAAUUUAUUUAAUACAAUAAAGAUGCAGUUAUAAUCAAUGUAGAAGUACAGCGCGUAUUUGACCCCGUGUUCAAUACGUGUCUAUUAGUGUCCAAUAACUCUCAUUAUUAACACAAGCUAGUAGCAAAAAUGCAAAUCUGGUCUAUAAAACGUCACAAAUGAUAAGUAAAAUUCUUAACCAAUUCUUUUCACAGUCACAAUUUAAGAUGUUUUCUUUAGUUUUUAUACAAAGAAUAACGUGAUUGUAGCACAUUAUAAAAUCUCUUGAAGUAUCCGGAUAAGAUGCACGUUACACAAUACUCGUUACAAAAACAAAUCUUCAGUUCUUCUAACGAUCUAUCAACUUCCUGUUCUAGUCCAAUUACAGUGUUCUUCGUCAUGCUACUUUUUCAAUGCGUGAAUUAACAACCGAUAAACCAGAAUAUAUAUCGUCAUUUAUGGAACUAAGAUGACAGCAUGUGCACAUGCAACUGCACAUGAGAGCCGCGAUCAUCCUGCUUAUUCGAGUUUCGACUGCUAACGUACUGAAAGCGAACACUGCCCCGGUGUGCAAUAUCUUCGUUAUCAUUGGAUUUAAUUGAUAAGUAUUUAGCCUGUCUAGAUUAUGACGUGUUCGUUAUGUUACGUCUUUGAGAUCAAUAGUCAGUUAUUAAGUUAAUUUUGAGUGCAACCUGUUCAGAUUCGUAGAGCAAAGCGUCAUAGUCGUGACUCAAGUGGCAAGAAGUACGAGUGAUACUUUAAAGAAUCGAUCUCAGUAGAAAUCGCGUAGUGCUCCUGAUACUUUUUAUUAACCAUCGAUGCAUGUAAUUCCGUUGUCCACUCGUAUGAUAAUUUACAUUAGACGAUAGUUACGCGCGCUGAUAGCGUAACGUCUAUCAGAUGUAACCUGAUGCAGCGAAACGAGGGAUAAGUUGAGAAGGGUCACUAUGGAUAGUGACAGUCGAUUGUUCGCGGAGCUAGAUAAAAGUUCCGUGCACAAAUUGCUUCAAAUGGAAGUGUUCGUCUUUGAUUGUAUAUUUUUCUUUACAUUUCUAUAUCUAUUCGUGUACUUAAUCGGCCGCCAAAUUUAGAGGUUAGGUAUAUAUUGUCCUUCACCCGUUGCGAUUAUAAAGCCGUAACAUCGGAUUACGAACGGAAUUAUUCGUUUUGAGCGUAAAGAAAUGGAGAUAGAAGAGAGAAUAGUUCGUAAACGGUCUUUUCGAAGCUUUCUGCAACGCAUACCACAGCGUUUGUCAGAAGUGGUGGAACAUUUUUUCUAUAGACUCGGGUUGCGAAUUGCUCGACGACCGUUGAAAUGGAUAAUUGGAAGUACUGUGAUAGUUUUAAUUUCUCUUUCUGGCUUAUAUUUUUUUCAUCAAGAAAAAAAUCCUGUGAAAUUAUGGGUUCCACAGGACUCUGACUUUGUUCGUGACACAGAAUGGAUGUUCGAACAAUUUGAACAGGGUUUGAGAAUGGAGAAUAUGAUAUUAACUGCUGAUGAUGUAUUAGAACCAGAAGUUCUUGCAAGACUAAAUGGAAUAACAAAGGAGGUUAUUUCUGUACAAACUUCUAAUCAAAUUGCAUGGACAGAUGUAUGUUUCAAAGUACCUGUCAUAUCAGGUAUUGUACAUAGAAAAAAGCGCAGCGAUCAACUGCUGACUGAUGAUUUCUUUGAAAUUGAACCAGACAAACAAAUUAAUAACACUGUAUUCGAACCUGCAGUUCAUGUUAAUCCUGAGCUCUAUUGUAAUGUAGUAAACAAUUUGCCAAAAGCUUGCCUUUUAAGCAGUAUCUUGGAUAUAUGGGAAUAUGACACUAAUGUGAUUCUCCAUAAAACUAAGGAGGAUAUUAUUAAAGAUAUAAAUACCAUAAAAAUUAGUCCCACAUUGGGCCAUCCACUAAAUUUUACAGAAUUAUUGGGUGGUAUAACAAGAGAUGAAGAGGGUAAAAUUAUCUCAGCCACAGCAGUAAGAACACAAUGGGCAGUUAAUGUAAACUUUUCAAAAGUGGAUAUGAAUAAUUUUGGCAACGAUGUUGGAACAGCUGAUUGGGCAACAGAUGAUGUAUUACAGUGGGAGCUAUCCUAUUUGGAUAUAUUGCACGAAAAUGCAAGAAUUUUAAAUAAUGAAAAAAAUGUAAAUAAUACAUUAGCUAUCUGGUAUGAUGCUGGUAGAAGCUUUGGUGAUGUUACAUUUGUAACAAUGUUCGGAAAUAUUGGUAUAUUAUCAAUAGGAUUCAUUUUAAUGUUUUUCUACGUUCUAGUCAUAUUCUCGGAUUACAAUUGGGUGGGAUGGAGAGUCUAUCUCACAAUUGGCGGUCUUUUGUGUGUGGGUGGUGCUUUUAUAGCUUCAAUCAGUGUGUGCUCUGCUCUUGGGAUUUCGUAUGGACCUGUGCAUACUUCUUUACCUUUUAUGUUGUUGGCUCUUGGAAUAGACGAUAAUUUUUUAAUAAUGGCAUCUUGGAAAGAAAUACAUACACACAAGUUGAAUCAAAAUAAGCCACUAGAAGAAAGAAUAGCUUUAAUGUUAGGACAUGCAGGCUCGGCUAUUAUUAUUACUUCUCUUACUGACGUUGUUGCCUUUAUUAUCGGUGCAUCCACAAUAUUGCCAUCCCUUCAAUCAUUCUGUAUUUACGCGGCGGUUGGAGUGCUACUGACGUUUUUAUUUCAAGUCACGUUUUACAUUGCCUUUUUUACCGUCGAUGCCCGACGAAUCGAGAAUAAAAGAAAUUCGAUACUACCUUGCAUCGUUCAUGAAAACUUUGUACAGAAAUUCACUAGUCCGCAAGAAGAACUUCCCGCCAAGUUGAUAAAUAAAUUAUAUUCAAAUAUAAUUCUAACAAAACCCGGAAAGAUAAUGAUAGUAUUAAUAACAAUAGUUACAGUAUCGGCUGGAAUUAUGGGUACAUUAAAAUUGGAACAAUGGUUUGACCCAGGCUGGUUUAUACCAAGCCAUUCGUAUCUAAGUAAAUAUAUUGACGUACGGCGCACUCAAUAUCCCGAACAUGGUUACGAAGCAAUGAUUCUUAUGGGAGAUUUUAAUUAUACCGCCGAGUUUCCAAAGCUAAUAAAUUUGGCUGAGAGAUUUGGAAAUUUAUCAACGAUACAAAGUAUAAAUUCUUGGCCCAGUGAUUUUGUCAAAUUUGUCUUGGAAUAUUUUCAAAAAGAUUUAAGAUAUGAAAUACUAGAAGACGUGGAAUUCCGAAAAUAUCUAUCCAAGUUCCUAUUUAGUCGAAAUGGAGGCAAAUAUCAACGGAACUUUCGUUUUGAAAAAAGUUUAACGUGCGGUGAAAGUACUGCACCGAUUUUAGUAGCUACUAUAGAUUUUACCUUUAAACGAUUCUAUGGUCCUCAUCAAUGGAUCCCGGCGAUGGAUGAAAGUAAACAGGUGGCACAUGAUGCUGGAGUCAAUGGUUUCGUCACAGUCUGGAGCGAAGUAUUCAGCUUGUGGGUCACUGACAAACUAAUCGCUCAAGAAGUUCAGCGUAAUGUUUUCUUGGCUUUGAUUUGUGUCAUGGGAAUGACAGGGUUACUGAUCGCUGAGCUGCAGACAUGUUUCUGGAUCUUUUUAUGCGUACUUCUUACACUUUUGAAUGUUUGCGGAUUCAUGUACUUUUGGGGUUUGACAAUAGAUAUUGCAUCUUGCAUUGGUUUGGAAUUGGGCAUUGGAUUAUGUGUGGAUUACGCUGCUCACGUUGCACAUGCAUUUAUAAAUGCUGCGAGUGUAAGCGGAAAUGAAGAUCGCACAAAAAGAGCACAUAUCGCGGUGAGGUACAUUGGAGCAGCGGUUGCAUACGGUGCUGGCUCGACGUUACUUGCACUUUCCAUGAUGGUAUUCUCGGACAGUUAUGUGUUCCAUGCGUUUUUAAAGAUUUUUGUUUUGGUAAUAUUGUUUGGUCUCUGGCACGGAUUAUUUCUUCUGCCUGUUAUAUUAAGCACUAUUGGACCAGGAAGUCUACGAUUACACAAAGAACCAGAAUCUCCAGAGAAGGUGGAGGAUACAGACGACACCGUUACUAGUCCCCUAAAUAAAGAGACGGAGAGUUAAACAGAACGCCUAAGAUGAUUCUUUAUCAAUAAUAUUUAUUUUUGGUUCAAUAAACAUACAAAAUUAUUACACUAUCCGUACUAUUAAUCACACAUUUAUACAAAAAUAAUAAUAAUAAAGAUCGGAUAACUUAAAAA